UUACAACAAUACAACAUGACAUUCGACGAAGAUUGUAUCCUGUAUUUAAUAUUGGCAUUUUCAUGGACAGAAUUUCUGUGGGAGUUUUAUCUAUCGUUCCGGCAGCUCAAGAUUUAUAAGACUAACACCACUAUCCCAAAAGACUUGAAUGAAAUGCUCAAUGAAGAAUCUUUCAAGAAAGCCAGACUUUAUGGUAUUGACAAGUCACAGUUCAAAAUGAGUAAAGAAUUGUUCAAUAUUACAAUGAUGUCUCUGAUCCUUUUCAAUAGAUGGAUAUAUGUGGGGUGGAGUGUAUCUAUAAAUUUUGCAGCUCAGUUCAAUAUUGCUCCAGACAGAGAGAUAGUGAUAAGUUGCUUUUUUAUGACAUUUGUUACACUGUUCAAUUUUGUGGUAAAUCUGCCAUUCACAAUUUAUGGAACUUUUGUUUUAGAACAAAAACAUGGAUUCAAUAAGCAAACUCCAGGAUUUUUUGUUAAAGACCAAUUGAAAUCAUUGUUGCUCAGCCUUAUUAUCACAUUGCCAAUCAUUGCAAUAGCUAUCUAUAUUAUAAUGUUAGGUGGGAACAUGUUUGUUGUAUAUCUGUGGUUAUUCACCACUGUAGCUACACUUAUCCUCCUUACCUUGUACCCAACAGUGAUAGCACCUUUGUUUGAUAAGUUUGUUCCAUUACCUGAUGGUAAUCUCAGAGAAGGCAUUCAGAAUCUGGCCUCAAAAUUAAACUUCUCUCUAUCUCAGAUUUAUAUUGUUGAAGGAUCAAAACGGUCAGCUCACAGCAAUGCAUAUUUUAGUGGCCUAUUUGGUGCUAAGAGGAUUGUUUUGUUUGAUACCUUGAUAGAAAAGUAUGAUGAAGAGAAAAAAGUUACCACUGGGUGCAGUGACAAUGAAAUAUUAGGUGUUCUUGCACAUGAACUGGGGCAUUGGAAAUGCAGUCAUAUUUACAAGUCAAUAGUAUUGACAGAAAUUAAUCUUCUGCUUCUUUUCACAGCUUUUGGAUUUUUAUUCAAGUACCCAAUGUUGUAUAAAGCUCUGGGAUUUUAUGACUCUCAGCCUGUUAUAAUUGGACUUAUAGUAGUACUGCAGAUGAUCCUCGCACCAUAUAAUUCAAUUCUGUCUUUCUUUGCCACUGCUCUUUCUAGAAAGUUUGAAUUUGAAGCUGAUAAUUUUGCAGUUGCCUUAAGUUAUUCAAGAGAAUUAAAAUCAGCACUCAUUAAGUUAGGUAAAGAUAAUUUAGAUUACCCUAUUUAUGAUAAGCUGUACUCAGCAUGGUAUCACUCUCACCCAACUUUAUUACACAGAAUUGAGAAUAUUCAGAGUAAAAUUUCAGAUAAUAAAGUAGAUUAAGGAAUUUUAUUAUUAUUAUUAUUCCACAUUUGUAUGUUAAUGCUAACAGUACAACAUUUAGAUGUUACUUUUAUACAUGAUAGUGUAGAUGUUUUAGUCCAGUUUUACCAGUUGUAACUAUAAUAUACUAUGCAUUUGUAAUUGCGCAUUUAUAGUUAAGACACUGAAUAGUCAAAGAAUACCCAUAUACAUUGCAUAAUAUUUUUGAAACAAAACAUUAAAAUUAUUAAAACAUUCUUUGUUUAACAUAUUUUCAUACAAUGUAAAAAAUUUGCGACUAAUCCUUGUCUAUUAUUAUGUAAAUAUUGAUAAAUUUGUAUCGUAACGGGAUUUUACAAACCACCAUUAAGGUCGAGAAACACUCACCUGGCGAAUAUAGUUCAUCUCAAUUUGUGAUCAGUACGGCUAGCAAGAUUGGACGCGACUUCAGCGCAGUAGCGGAUUUGCAGUCCUGGCCGCCCGAGGCCCCAGGUCAUGUAGUCCGUACCAGCCACCCCUUUCUCAGCACUCAUCAUGUACACAAUGAAUUUACUUUUUUACCAACUUUUAUCGAAAUCGAUUCAGAAAUUUAGUUAACUAUUAUAGCUGCAUUCUGUCUGUUGGUGGAAACCGCAUGAAAAUUGGUUCAGUACUUUUGAGUUUAUCGCGAUCAUACAGACAGACAGAUGUGGUAAUGAUAAUACGUAGUGAUUUAGUGAUUAUACAUUACAUUAUAGAUAUUUAACAUAUCUAUAUUUUAUAUAUAAAAUGUACUAAAAUGAUUUCGGAACACUAUUGUUAUACGAUGCGGUGCAGUACGGCCCGCCAUAAUAUGCGUGAGCCUAUAUAAUAUUUAGGCACUUUGAGUUAUUUCUUGUUUAUCAUCAGUGAAUUUGUUGUCACGAUUGGCCGCUCUAGGCCCGGGCCUACUGGGUCUUAGGACAAUCAAAAAAAGGACAAAAAAGAGAUCUCUCGCUUGAUGUCGGUCUCGCUCAAGCCCUACUGAUGCAAUUUACAAUUUGUACUAUUACUUUUUUAUACGAAAAUUAUUCGUAAUAAUGCGUAGUGAGUAUCUUAACAUCCUGCUGGAAUCUCGUUAUUGGUACAUACCAUCACUUUGUCUAAUCGAAAAUGUUUCUUGAUACCGAAAUAAAAAAAUUAAACAAAA